AAAAAAAAACAAUAAUUGCAAUGGCGGCGAUUUGUUUUGUUGUAUGUUUUUUGAAAUCGUAAUGUUUUUGUGAACCUUUCUAACUGGAUACUUGUAUGCCGUCUAUGUUGACUUGAAGCAAGGAGCUAACUAUAAAAAUGCUAACUGAAGUUGAAAAACAGCACCUUAUAAGAAAAUUUCGUUGAAAUUCGAAAUGAAAGUUUACAAUUCUGUGUACGUGGUGUUCCUCUUGUCUGAUCAAUAAAAUGGAGAAUAAGGAAGAAGUAGUCGACAAGUUACUAUGCAUGUCGUGUUUAUGCGUCGGCAGGGUGCUCCACAGUGUGAAAGACCUUCGAAUGCAGCAGUAUUACCUCCAAACUUUGAAUGAAAUUCCUCUAUGUAAUGUACCUCAAAUAUGUCCAAACAUAUGCUGGGAGUGCAUGGCGUUGCUCAGGAAGGCAGUCUCCUUCAGGGAGCAGGUGAAGGACUCCUACAGGAUACUCCAGACUUAUACUAAUGAGACCUUCCACGAAUGUCUUCUGACCGACAUAACGCGGCCUCCUCGCAUGAAGGUCGCCAGCACCGACCCUGUGUCCAUACCGCCAUCAUCAACUGAUGACAAGAAGGAACAUGAUGAUGAUGAUAAAAGAGAAUUUGAUGAUGAUAAAACUAACACAUUUGAUAUGCAACUAGUUUAUGUUAAAGAGGAGGUUAAGAAUGAAUGGAAUGGAGUUUUGGACGAGGUAACACCAUCAGAUGACGACCAUCCUCUCUCAGACUGUAUAGAUGCAGGAGAGACAGAGAUAGAGGUACCACUCCUUCUCCCUCUACCAAGAAAGAGAGACAAGAAAAAGAGAAGCAAAACAGAAGACAAGAUUAAAAGAGAAAAGAAAGUGGUUAAGAGAGUAAAGACUGGAAAAAAGCCCACGAAACGGCCAAAACCGGAAUCGGAGCAGAAGAUCCUUACAAUAGAGUUGUCCUAUGAGGAGAUGGUCCUAGAGAGGGCGAAAGAGGCGGCAAAGGAGGGCUAUUUGAACGCGGAGUACAAGUGUAACUCGUGCCUCAUAGGGUUCAACUACUUGAAGUCGUACCAGAGCCACAUGGCUACGAAACAUUCACCGGAUCUAGGCAACUCGUGUUGUCCGAUUUGCAAGACUGUUAUAUCCUCAGUGGAGUCCUUCACUGCUCACUAUAAGAGGCAUAUGAGAAGAUAUGAAUGCAGUAUCUGCCACAAGCGCACGAUGGACCUGAAGGUCAUGCAGCAGCAUUACUACUCCGCACACGAGAUAUCACUCAAGGAGUACAAAUGCAAUCUAUGCGGGAAGAUAUCAAACUCAAUAGACACGCAUCGUUACCACAAGGACACGCACAAGGCUCGCGUGCAAUGCCCCGAGUGUGACAAGACGUUCACACACCGCGCCGGGCUCAUGAACCAUCGCCUUGCGGUGCACGAACUGCAUAACGAGUUUCCCUGUCAGGAAUGUGGCAAGGUCUUCCGGUGGAAGACCAGCCUCAAGAGACACCUCGACAAGCAUGAUGUCAAGGACAACCAGGACGCCUCUUCGGCUGCGUUCUGCUCCUCCUGCGAGAUAGGCUUCUCCUCAGUGAGCUCCUACCAGAGACAUCUCAGGAACAGCCUCAAACAUGUCACGCCGCACCAACUAAGGUUCAUUUGUGACCACUGCAACCGUCGGUUCGCGGAUAAAACAAAACUCCGGGACCACAUCGAGGAGAAACAUCUUCACAAGACUUACCAGUGUCCAAUUUGUUUCAAGCCAUCAAAGAAUCGUGUCGGCCUAGACCAGCACAUCAGAAACGUCCACAAGGGGAGACCAAAUAACAAGAUUUGCCAUCACUGUGGCAAAGGAUUCCCGACUAAAGUCCAACUGGAGUCCCAUAUCCGAACGCACACAGGAGAGCGUCCUUUCAUCUGCGAAUACUGCCCCACGACAUUCUCCCAACAAUCCAACUUGUACAAGCACUUUAGACAGGUACACUUGAAUAUAAAAUCGAAGCGGUACCCACUAUCGAAGAAGUGCGACGUACCACCCAACAACCCACAACCCUCGAUACAUUACUCACCAGAACGGGGAUUCCUACUCUGAUCUUCUUCUAUCGUUUGGGUUGUGAGGUGAAGUACCAACCUCAUCAACCCUGGCGUCAGGGUUACUAUUGACCCGCCAAAGGCCCCUGACAUGACUCAUGUAACGAUUACUCACUUACAUUAGUAGUAACCAGGGCUAACGGCUUAACGUGCCUUCCGAAGCAUGGAUCAUCAUACUUUCGGACAGUCAGAUGAUCAGCCUGUAUGUCCUAACCAAACUAGGGAUCACAGUGUAUUCUGUGUUUUCCAACCGGGAUUCGAACCCCGGGACCUCCGGAUCGUGAGCCCAACUCUCAACCACUGGACCACAGAGGCCUAUCUGAUGAUUCAGCUCAUGAUUCUGAGUUAAUAUAAAGUGGAAUUUUCCAUCGCAAAAGUAUAGAAUUGAAAAUAAUUUAAAAAUACAUGAAUUUUGCGACGGAAAAUUCCACUUGAUAUUAACUCGGAAUCAUGGUCUGAAUCAUCCCCCUGAGUAUUCUUUACGAUGUCACGUGUUACUCGCGAUGUUUUAAGGUAUGUGGCCUAACCUGUAUUGGGCUGGUUUUCCCUUCGCGGGUCGGAAGGUCAGCAAAACUAACUACGCACUCUUCAAAGAUUUGGCGGCAAGGGUGAGCUGUCGCCAAAGGAUGUUUUCGUGGUACCGAACUGAGCAUAGUACCCCGCUAGCCACAAGUUUGUAGUGUGACUAGGGAUCGACGAUCCGACAGUGUUGUGUUGGAAGUUGUAUAUAUGCGUCUUGCCAUGGAAACUUCGAUACCGCGUUUCAGGACUGCUUGAAGACUGCAUUAUUGAAUGUGGCGCACUCUGUU